AUGUCAGACUAUCCACCUCAGCAAUACUCACCACAAGGCUACGACCAUCCGCAAUACCAAUCUCCGCCAUAUCCAGACCAUUUCCCAGGCGAGGCACCCCCUCCACGACAAACCUACUACAGCCCUCCACCUCAACAACAAUACAUCUCAUACACGUAUCCUCACACAUCCCAACAAAAACAAGACCCAGAACCAGCUUGGGACCCAAAACGAAUCUACGCUGAAUACGGCGCUGGACCGAAAUCUGAGAACAAAGGUCUCGGCGACUUCUCCUCCAACCAACAUCAUCAAGGCGGAUUGCAACAAUCACAUGUAGGCCAACAAGACGAGCGAGGAAUCGGUGCUACUGUCCUCGGAGGCGCAGGCGGUGCAUUUCUGGGUCAUGAAAUGGGUCAUGGGAAACUUGCUACUCUGAGUGGAUUGGCUAUUGGAGCUAUUGCUGCUAAUGCUUUUGAACAUCAUCAUCGUGAGAAGAAGAAGCAUGAGAGGGAGGGGGUGAGGGAGUAUGAUAGGGGGUUUGUGGGGGAAGAGGAGAGGGAGAGGGAGAGGGGUAUUGGGGAGGAGGAGAGUGAGGAUGAGUAUCGGGAGAGGUGCAGAGGGAUUAAUAAUGAGUAUGAGGAUGAGAGGGAUUAUGAUGAUGAAGAAGAGAGACCGAGACAUCAUCAUCAUUAUCAGAGAGAUUAUGAUGACUCUUAUGUUGACGAUGGGGAAUACCAGGUUGAAGAUUAUUAUAGGAGGGACUACUAG